GUUCCUAUCAUGGCCUCCACUGCUUCUUCUUGAACAGCAGGGGGAUCAUUUUUUAGUUUUACUCAAAUGUUUUCUUCAGGCCAAAGUAGCCUUUCUCCAGACGUAUAUGGUUUAUUUGCAGAUGGGUAGACUUGAAGCUGUACUGAAAGUUCAAUGCAGUAGAGGAUUGACUUUUUUUUAACCUUGUUUCAUUUUAGUUGUUAUGAUGAGUUUGUUUACAUGGUAGUAUUUUUUUCAUGAAAGAGUAAAUGAGACCCUUAGAGGGUAAGAUAGAUCUGUUAUAUAGUAGCUCUGACAGAAACAGAUUCCAGUUUGAGCAACAACACAGAUCUUUGAAACUUUAGGCUUUUUUCCCACUGUGCUGAUUUAUUAUUGUUUGAAUGACUGUUUUUUCAUUAUCAUUUUGAGGAACCGUUAUGAAUGUGACAUACAUAAGUCUUAAAGGUCAUGUGGAGCUAGAAAAGUACAGGUAUUUUUAUUUCUUUAUGAUGUUACCUGUUUAUAUUUUGAUUGUCUGCAGCAAUUGUACAAUAAUUUCUCUGAUUGUGAUUCACAAGAACCUUCAUGAGCCUAUGUACAUUUACAUUGCAGGACUAUUGAUCAACUCUGUUCUUUUCAGCACAAACAUCUACCCUAAACUUUUGACAGACUUUUUAUCUAAUGAACAGGUCAUCUCUUAUCAAGCCUGUCUCUUUCAAAUUCUGGUUUUUUACUCAUUCAGUUGUUCAGAAUUCUUACUGCUGGCAGCCAUGUCUUAUGACAGAUAUGUGUCCAUAUGUAAACCUCUGCAAUAUGCAAUCAUUAUGAGAAAAACAAUUGUCUUUAUUUUACUGGGAUUGGCCUGGAUUGUACCUUUUAGUCACCUUGUUGUUCCUGUUGUUAUAUUUGCAAACUUAGAGCUUUGCAGCUUUACAUUGAACGGUAUUUUCUGCAACAAUUCUAUAAAUUAUCUUUUCUGUGCAGGUUCUAAAGCUCUGUUAACAUUUGGUACAGUUACUCUGUUUAACAUUGGUAUUCUUCCCAUGCUGUUUGUAAUUUUUACAUAUGUAAAGAUUCUCUUAGUGGUUUAUAAAAGUUGUAGAGAAGUCAGAAGAAAAGCUGCUCAGACCUGUUUACCUCACCUGCUGGUUUUAAUCAACUAUUCUUGUUUGAUGACUUUUGACUUGAUUAUAAUUAGGCUGGAGUCAGAUUUUUCAAAGACUACUCGUUUAAUAAUGACACUGCAGAUCAUCAUGUACAAUCCUCUUUGCAAUCCAAUCAUUUAUGGAUUAAAAAUGACAGAAAUCUAUAAACACUUAAAGAAGUUAUUGUAUAAAGGUAGACAUGACUGUUAAUUUUCUAUCUUUAUUAAAACUGGCUAUACAAGCUCAUACAUAUUUGGACA